UGGGUGUUAAUGGUACAGGACUGGGUACCAUCUCUGGUUGUUAGCAAAGCCUAGGGAUGCCUGUGGGGGAAAAAAGUAGGAGAAGGUGAAGAAAUUUGAGAAAUGAGACUAGGAAAUAGAUUUAAAUCAGUCUUGUUUUUUAAGUGAGUAUCUGUUUUAUUAGCUACUUUUAAAUGUGUACUGGGAAAUAGUAAUUUUCAAAAACCUUAAAAUUGAGAGUCUAAAGGAGUCUAGCCAAGAAGGAGCUGGUUGUUAAGAACAACAAUCAGAAAGAAAAGCUGGAGCAUCCUCUGAUCUUUCACUCUACAGGUAUAUUUACAGGAUACAGCAAUGGAAACUUGGUCAGUUGAUCAGGUCUGCAGUUGGUUGAUGGAGAAAAACUUAGGAGAGCUAGUUCAUAGGUUUCAAGAGGAAGAAGUAAGUGGGGCCGCUCUUCUAGCACUUAAUGAUCGGAUGGUUCAGCAACUGGUCAAGAAAAUUGGGCACCAGGCUAUUCUGAUGGAUUUAAUUAAAAAAUAUAAGCAGAACACUCAAGGACAAAAGUCCUACGGCAACCCCAAAGAGACAGCCCUGGCCACACAAACACAAUCAACCCUAGAAGAUGAAGCAGCUUCCAGUGCAGCCAGCCAGGGGGAGCAGAUGCCAUCUUUCUAUCCAGCUGAAAACCUUGACAAUGGACGAAUUGACCAAAGAGCAUUGAAACAGAGAAGAAAUGUGAAACGUGUUCUAGCAAGGAGCAAAACAUUACAGUGGACAAAGUCCUAUAUUUUACCAGAGUUUCCCUAUGAUGUCAGAUGCAUGUUAGCAGAGCAGAAGCGUCCCGACCACAGCCUGAGAAUAAGGAUGAUUGAGCUUCUCCAGGCUGACAUGACUAAGUAUCUGCAAGGCUCGCUGUACCCCACCACCCAGCAGUACAAUGAUGUGGUUAAUGCUCUGCUGCAGGCCCACCCUUUCCUGGACGAGGACGGCUGUGGCUUUAUUUUAUGGAAACGAGCCCUUAAAGAUCGCUUUAAAUAUGUUCGAAGACCCAUAGAAGAUGAUGAACAAGUGAUGAGAAACAAGUGGAAAUUUGGACAUCGAAGAGGCCAGCCAAGGAAAUCUCUUGCUGAUAGAAGAUUUGAUGAAAUCAAGCUUGUCCAGAUGAAAGGAGAAGUUGUUUGUUUAAAUUCUGAGGUAGAUGAACAUAUUAAUUGGUUCCAGCAAGAAUAUGUGAAAACAGAAAAGAACUGGAUAGAAAUUGACAAGAGGAUGAGCCAGACUCUGGAAAUAAGAAGAAAGAUGAUGGGCAGCAGAACGCCUCGGAAGGACAUUCUUAAACUGUUUCCUUUCUUGAAGUGCCCUUAUCAGAUGUUCAGAGAAUUCCAAUUUCUUACAAGAACAGAUAUUUAUAAGAAAACAAGGCACAUAUUGGAAUCCUAUUCAGAAAAUAUACUGACUUCUUUUUCAGUGGUGGACAAUCCAAUCAAUAUUGCAUUGCAAGAAAAAAUGAAACAGUACACAGAUGAAGACAUGCUGAAAUAUAUGAAGAUGACUGCCACAUGUUUACUCCUCCCAGAUGUUUUUGGGGAUGACCCCAGCCUUUUUGUCAUUGUGAAUAAGAAGGUGCAAACGUCCACGCCUGUGUUAGAAGUUAAAAACCCUUUCAACAUUGAGGUCUGCGAAUUUUCUUUGUAUUUAGAAAAGGAGAGGCUCACAAAGGUGGAUAACUGUGUGACUGCCUUGGCUGUUCUAGUAGCAGCCUUUCGUGUAUUUGAGAUUGAGUGUCCAAGAAGACUAUCCCAAACCCUCAACUUUCUAGAGACUUUGAUUUUUGAUGUGCACAGUCCCUAUUUUCCUUCUUUGAAAGAAAAGGGAAGGGAAGUAGAAUUUCAACACCCAGUUAAUUAAAAGCAUGCCAAGUAUUGUAUCUGAAUUUUCCUGCACGAAAGUUGAAACUUAAUAAAAAAUUGUUUUGCUUUAUGGUUGUGCUAAGAGGUAGGUAUUAGAAAAUCAUUGUGUUCUCACUGAUGUUAAUGAAUUUCAAGGCCUUCUAUCUUUACACGUAGAUAUUAAGUUCUUUGUGAAAUUCGGUAAUAAAAUGCUACUUAAUUAA